AUGUACAACCCUCCUAUUGCAAAUCCAAAUCCGGUGGUCCACAACAUCCCAAUACCGCCUAAACCAAUGCCACCAAUUGCCCCUCCUGCGGCAGUCAAGCUGGGACAAGAAGGCUUCAAGAAAGUCUGCCGAAGUGAAGAAGACAGCCCCAGCCCCUUUCCAGGUCUGCCCUCUGGCGUGUUGGAGAUGCGCGUGAAGGAGGGCAGCAAAAUCCGUAACCUAAUGGGCUUUGCCAUGGCUCGGAUGCAAGGCGAGAAGGGAGCGACCGGAACUGAAGACAGCGCCAGAGGUCUGAGGCAGGUGGUCUUCAGCGGGUCGGGCCGAGCAGUUACCAAAACCAUCACGUGUGCAGAGAUCAUGAAGCGGAAAGUAGGGUCCCUCCACCAGCUUACCAAACUGCGCUAUAAAACUGUGAAAGAGGUGUGGGAGAACAGCGAAGGGGGAGCUUCAGAGAUGACAGUUCACAGGUCAGUUCCUUCCAUCAGCAUUCUGCUAUCCAAAGACCCGCUUGACCCCGCGGAGCCCGGCUACCAACCUCCGGAGGCUAUGAGUGCGCUCUGGGAGGAGAGGGAAGGCGUUGAUUCGUCUCAGUCAGCAGCAUGUAAAAGACCUCCAGGACCUCUGCCGUACAGCGCCGGUUUCCCCCCUGGUAAAAGAGUGUGUCUGGGGGAAGGGGCUCGGAUGCCGCUGCCCCCGCUGUGA